AUGAAGUCCCAGGUCCUGUUCGAUGCCAUGUCUGCAGCCGUGAAGGCCAAGGGCCCUGAGAUGGUGAAGCUCGGUGGGGCAGUCUUCCAGUUCAUCAUCAGCGAUGGAGGCGAUGCAGGCAAGUUCGUCCUGGACCUGAAGAACGGCAGCGGCUCCGCAAAGGCUGGCGAGGAGGGCAGUGCUGACUGCACCAUCACCAUGGCAGACGCAGACUUCAUGGCCAUGGCAGAAGGCAAGCUGGACGGCAUGCAGGCCUUCAUGGGCGGCAAGCUGAAGAUCAAGGGCAACAUGAUGCUGGCCCAGAAGCUGCAGUCCAUUCUUGAGGCUGCGAA